AUGCUCUUGUACUUGGUGGCCGCGCCGCAGUCGACGACGGCCGCCACCGCCGUCAAGCGGUAUCUUUGGCGUGGUCUCGGCUUUUGCCUGUGGCGCGAAGUGCGUGACGACGUCGUGUCGUCGUGUCGAUUCCAGACCAUGAAGACGUUUAGCGUCAUUCGCAGUCAUUACAAGCAGCGUGAGACGUACCCUGGCUUCAAGGACAAGCUGCCACACUACCCGGCAGCGGUGGUUGGCGCGCUCGAAUGCCUGCGGCUCGUGCUGCACCCGUCCGACGUGCUGUGGCUCGACGCGACCUCGGUCGUCGACCCAUGGAACCACGUCGUGGCGCUCGGUCUUCAUACGAUGGCCAU